CAAUAUUUCCACAGUCAUAACACGUCAGGUUUAAGUUCAUUCUCAUAUAGUAUUUAUUUGUGGCCUAUAUAAAGCAUCAUGUUUUCAUGCUUUCUGUGGUAGUUCGAAAUGAUUAGUUGCUCAAUAAGUUUCUUGCUUAGCAUCACUCAAACCGUAACUCACGAUUACUUUGUAUAAAAAACAAAUGCAAUAUUUAGACUAUCAUAUUGCUUUUUUAAAACUAUCGGACAUUCAACUAAUUUAAACAUAAAAAAAAUUAUUCACAAUAGAAGACUAGAAAAAUUUUUAUUAAUUUCAAAACAUUUGAGAAUCAAUUUUUAGGAUGGAGACAAUAGAAGAUGUCCACAUACUACAGACACUUGUUACUUAUCAAAGUGAUGUUAAUAGUGUAGAUUUUGGUGGGGAUUAUAUUUUAGUUACUGGCUCAGGGGAUAAAAAAGUUAGAGUGUGGGAAUGGCAUCAAGGUGUUGGGUAUGAAGAAGUAUCAUAUUCUCCUCUUAUGGGACAUAAAUAUGGAGUAACUUGUGUAAAAAUCAGUCCUCAAUCAACAAUGCUUGCAAGUGCUAGUAUUGAUGGAACUACACAGCUAUGGAAUUUAAGGACUGGAUCAAAAAUCCACACUUUAGUUCAAGUCGGUGGUGAAGCUAUUCGAGUUUGUAGAUUUUCACCUGAUUCAACUCUUUUAGUAACUGCUGGAGAUAACGGUCAGAUUUGUCUGUGGGAUUUGAUAAGACGAACGUUAAUUAAACGUUUUCAGCCACAUGAAGGAGCAAUCCAAGGAAUUUGUUUUUCACCAGAUUCCAAUUGGCUUUUAACUUCAUGUACAUUUGGUGUUAUGAAACUUUUUUCUAUUUCUGAAAUAGUUGAUUCCUGUACGCCAAGUUUGGAUCAAUCAAUAAAUAUAUUUGCUGCAGUUGAUGAUGCACAUGAUCUGGGAGUUGUGUGUUGUGAUUUUUCUUCUCAACAAAUAAAUACAAGUAAAAGUGAUCUUGAAAGAACAUACCAACUUGUAACGUGUGGAAAUGACCAUAAUGUUAAAUUAUGGCAUGUAAAAACAGUAGAAGGCAAGUCAGAAAGUCAAAAAGUAAGAGCUUCAAUAUCUCUUGUAAAAGUUUUAGAAAAACAUAGUAGUGCUUUAAUGUGUGUGAAAUUCAGUUCUAAUGGAAUGUAUAUUGUAAGCAGUGGACUAGAUAAAACAGCAGUAAUCUGGGAAACAAGUACAGGAAGGGUGGUAUCAGUAUUACGUGGUCAUAAGCGAUACGUCGCAUGCUGUUCUUUUUCAAAAGAUGGUAAUCUUUUAGCAACUGGAUCAAAUGACCGCAGUGUUAUUGUUUGGGAUCUGACAGGAAACCUUACGAUCGAUUCCAAACUGUUGCGUCACUCUGGUCCAUCAAUACAAACAAUAAAUAAUGAAAAUAAGGAAAAUUUAGAUGGGGUACAGGAGCAAAGGGUUGUUAAUUAUGCAGAGUCAAUGGGAAAUAAUGUUGAAUUGAUAUUUACACUUGACGAUCAUGGGGGAGCUGUUAACAGUGUGGCUUUCUGUGGUGAUAAUUUAGUAGCUUCUGGAUCAGGGGAUAAAACAAUUAGAGCGUGGGACAUAACAAGAGAGCAAUUAAUAAACGACGGAAUGAUUGAAAAUAAGUACAAAUUCAGUGAGAAAAGUUAUAGUCCUAUUGAUGAACAUAAGUAUAGUGUUAAUCAUAUAGAAUUUAGUCCUUGUGGAGAAAUGUUGGCGACAUGCUCUUUAGAUGGAACAACGAUGAUAUGGUCAUCGGAAAGUGGAGAACAAGCUCGAGGAUCAUUUGUUAACUCUGGCUCAGGGAUUCGAGUUUGUCGAUGGUCUCCAGACGGUACAAAACUCGCAACUGCUGGCGAUGAUGAAAAAACAACACUUUGGGAUAUUAAUUCAUUGGAAGAACUACAAAUUUUUGAAGGUCAUUCAGACGCAGUUACAUCACUAGCAUUUACUUCAGAUGCAUAUUACAUCGCAACAACUUGCAGUGAAGGAACAUGCCGGAUUUUCGAUGUAUCUGGAGAAUCUACUGCUCUUUUAGUUUUUGAUGCUCAUGAUCUUGGAGUUCAAGCGUGUGAUUUUAGUCCAUUGGCAUCAAAUUCAAAUUCAGGUACAAAAAAUUCAGCAACUGAUAAAAAUUCGCCAAAAUUUUACACACUAGCUACAUGUGGAAAUGAUUCGUAUGUUAAAUUAUGGCAAAUUAGUGUCUUGCCAAAUAAUGAAAAAAUGGAAAAUUCAGAUAAUGAAGAAGGAAUAAACAGUAGUCCAAUAUCUCAUCGUGAAAAAAGACUGCUAACAGGACAUGGAGGAAAUGUGAUGGAUGUUAAAUUUGCUCCAGUUCAUGGAGAAAUACUUGGAAGUGUGGCUACGGAUCGUACGGCGCGUUUGUGGAGUGUGAAUACUGGUGUUUGUUUACAUGUGUUGGAAUACCACGAAAGCUUAGUGACUUGUUGUGCUUUUUCAAAUAAUACUGCAUUAUUUGCUACUGGAGCUCUUGACAAAACCUUGGCAAUAUGGAGCCUUCCACAACAGUUGGUGUCACAAAGUAUUUUAAUUGAACGAUUACGUAAUAAUAGCAAAAAAAUAAUCGAUUGGAAAGUUGAAGACGUUGUUAAAUGGUUAAUAAACAAUGACUUGGAAGUUCUUGAAAGUCGUGCAGUCGCAGCUCGUUUAAAUGGAAAAUGGUUACUUACAGUACCUGAAGAAAUUCUUAUUGCAAGAUUAGGUGUCAAUGAUCAUCAAGAUAUAUUGAAAGCCUUUAAAAAUCAACUAUACUGGUUAAAACAAGAAGAUAAUGUCAAUGCCUUAAAUAACAUUGAUGACAGUGAAGUUCCUGACGAAUUUUUGUGUCCAAUAACUCAUGAAAUAAUGCGUGAACCGGUGAAAUGUUCUGAUGGUUUUGUUUAUGAAAAAGCUGCUAUAGAUGAAUGGUUCUUGUGUGGGAAGUACACUAGUCCUAUGACGAACGAAUAUUUAAGUAAUACAUCAAUUACACCGGCGAUUGCGCUGAGAAACGCCAUUUGUGCAUUUGUUCAUGGCGAAAGAUCUGACGAUUAAAAAAAUACAUCAAGAAAUUUUUUUGUACACA